UAUCUCAAAGCACGUUCGGGUAAAAGAUGGUUAUGGGGCCAGCUCAGAAGAGUACAAGCCAUAGACUUUGUCAAAUUAGAGCUGUAUUCGACUCAAGAGCUUGUGGACAUUUGCCACUCUCCAUCUCUUCCCCAAGAUACAGACUCGUAUGUUUACAAUCCCCAGUCGGCAGAACACAUACCACCAAUUGGAGCAAAUCACCUCAUGCAUCUGUUUCCUCAUCCGUCGCACGCCGAGCCUUUGCCGAUUCUUUUCAGACGAGUGCCCAAAAAGGUUGAAAACCCACUAAAGCCUUGUCCAAUAAACGGGGUUGGGUUAGGCUGGGGCCUGUACCUUCAGGAGGGCAUGAACUGGCCGGCUAUGCUUCUCUAUGGCUGCAUUGGGUUUGGACUCAGCCUUUUCACAGCGGUGGUUUGGGCCACACUUGUUAAUCAAGGGGAUGUGCAAGGAGGCUUUGCUAUUGGGGGCUUUAUGCUAGCAUUUUUAGGGUUUGCCGGAGGCGUCAUGGCGCACAUGAAUGGUGAGAAUGAACUGUAG